AACUGUGUUAUAUGAGCAGAACAAACCCCAUUUGAUUCAUGAAGUUGAAAAAAUGUAUCAAAUAUUUCCAACAGAUAUUAGGUCAUUAAGGUGGAUUUGUAAAAUAUUUAAUGAGCUUUUUGUAAUUGAAGAUGGGAUGUAUAAAACUUAUGAAAGUGUAAUUGAUAAAUGCUCUGACCAAUUGUUAGAAAAUGAUUCUAGAAACUCUGUCGGUUUGUUUACAAAAUCUAUCAGGUUCUUUCAAAGCAAUAAUACAAUCAAAGCAAAGGAAACCAUUGUGAUUGUAACAACUCAACAACCAGAUAUGACAUUUGCUUGGAUUUUUUGCACUGAUCUAUAUCUAAAGUUAAAUUUGAUAAGUGAGGCUUGGAUCAGCUGGCAAAAUGCCAACAGAUUGUGCAGUGUAAUUAAUUACUCAAAUUUAAAUCAUAAAAGCAAAUUAACGUAUCAGAAAAUUGAGCUGCUCUCAAGGUCUCCUAAGGAAGAGGAUAGCCUUGAUGCUUUGGAUUUGUAUAACCAAAAUUGUAAUACAAAUAGCUUUUUAAAAAAGUCUUUGGUGACCAUUAUAAAGAUAAAAAUUAACUUGAACAAAUAUUCUGAAGCUAGGUUAUUGAUUUCCAAAUUAAAGAAUGAAAAUGAGCAAUGGGCAAAUUUGUUAACAAUAAAGCUCUUAGUAAAGGAAGGGAAAUAUGAGGAGGCUCUAAAUGUUUGUGAAAAACAGGAUUACAAUUUUGUGGAAUGGUGGAUUGAAAAAGGAUUAUUGUAUUCCCAUUUCCAAUAUGAUACCAAAUGUCUGGAAUCAUUCUUAAGAGCUGUGAAAUGUGAUCAAGAAAACUAUUUGUGUUUUUUACACUUGGGGAUGUGCUAUAAAAAAGUGAAUAAUUUGGACAAAGCUAGGAAGUGCUUAGAAAGAUCAUUUAGACUUAAUCCACAAUCUUCCGCAGUGGGUAUAACACUCAGUCAGGUAUAUCGUGCAUUAAAAAAAUAUGAAGACAAUUUAAAUUUAUUGCAAAAUGUAACUCAGCAUCAUAUAAAUCAGGACAACAAGUGGGCAUGGCUUCAACUUGGUUUGACAUAUCUAGAACAAGGUAACACAGAAAAGGCUAUCGACAAUUUAAGAUUUGUGGUGAGAAUUGAUUUUGAAAAUGCUCACUGUUGGGAAUCUCUAGCAGAUGCUUAUGUUGCAAGAGGAGCAUACACAUCUGCUUUAAAAUGUUAUCAAAAAUCAUUGGAAUUAUCCAAUGCUGGUCUUUAUGCCAGAUAUCAAGUUGCUACAAUUAAGAGUAUACUGGGAGAAUAUUUGGAAGCAAAGAAGGAAUUUGAAAGUGUGUUGGUGCAUAAUGCCGACUAUGUGCCUGCACUGAAAGGCUUAUCAGAAACAAACUUUUCCAUUGCAAAACAGUGUUAUGCUGAUCAGAGAAUAGGAACUGCACGUGAUUAUGGUCAAGCAGCCGCAAAUGAUGUGGUUGUGGCCAUUAAAAAAACAGGUGAUCUAUCUUGUUUGUGGAAGUUGUUAGCGGACUGUUGUCUGUUUGUAGCAGAAUUACCUGAAAAGUAUUCUUGCUUGCACUUAUCUAGCAAACUACUGGACAUUAACAACGUUGAAGAAGAAACGAUUUUAGAUAAAGAAGAGCUGUUUGAGUGUGCUGCCAAAUUUUACUGCAACGCUAUUAGUUUUACCAAAGGUGAUGUGAAUUUGUGGUAUGAUCUUGGAAUUUGCUAUGUGAUGCAUUCAAAAGUUACUAGUGACACCCGGAAAGAAAAACUCUUAAAUUUUGCUUUACAUGUUGCUCAGCAUUGCACAAGCUUAAAGCCCACUAGUUGGCAAAACUGGAAUCUUUUGGGGACCAUAAUUAUGCUUGGAAAUUCUUCUAAUUUCGCAUUAGCUCAGCAUGCUUUUAUUAAAGCGGUGACAGCAGAUCAUAAUAGUUAUGUCGCCUGGACUAAUUUGGGUGUACUUUAUUUAAUACUAAAUGAAAUUAAAUUAGCCAAUAAGGCAUUUGGCGAAGGUCAAAGAUGUAAUCCCAACUAUGUGAAUAGUUGGAUUGGACAAGCCCUAAUAGCUGAAACACUUGGCAACAGAGAAGCUGUUGACUUAUUUCGACAUAGUAUUCAACUUGGACAACAUCAACAAGGGGGCUUGGGUUAUGGAAACUGGAUCUGUCAGAUACUAUUAACAGAUGACCCUAAAACUGUUGAAUCGUCAGUAUAUAAUAUGAAUGGAUUAUCUGUUGCUUGUGAUGGCCUUAACUGGUAUUUAGAAAAAAAUCCAGAAAAUGGUUGUGCAUGGAAUAUUUUUGGAAUAAUAAAUGAAAGGCUUGGAUUAAACAAGACUGCCAAAGAGGCUUUCAGGAAAGCCUACCGACUCGCAGAAAAAGAGCACAGGGAUAAGGCAAAAACAAAUUAUGGACGAAUGUUAUAUCGUGAAGGUUGUUACCCUCAGGCUAUUGCAAUUUUUGAGGAUAUUGAAGUGGCCACUUUUAGUAGUGGAAGUGGUUUAGCGUUGGCUUUUCUUGGAAAUAAAAAUUAUAAAGAAUCUUAUAUUACAUAUGAGCAGGCCUUGCAUUGGUUAACAGAGGAACAAACGUAUCAGUCUGAUUUGUUGGUAGCUUUGGGGUCAAUAGCAUAUAAAUUUCAAGGGCCGGAAGCAGCAAAAACACUAUUAUUUCAAAGCAUUCAGUUAAAACCACCCUCAAUGUGGAGUUUAUAUUCAACUUUUUCGGUCGGAUUACUUCAUAAUGACUUGAAAUUGGCCGAAUUGGUGAUGAAUGAAUUCAAAAGAUUGGAAUUCUUCUGGACAAACUCCCAAAAGGAAUAUAGCGACUUUAUCAAACAUUACUCAUUUCUAAUAACGCAAUUUUAUGUAAUUAAAAAAAUGCAAAAGGUUGCGAUUGUUGAAUUAAGCAAGUUAGUACACCGUCAUCCCAAUGAGGCAUCGCCGUGGCUCACUUUGUGUCAGUUAUUGAUUUCACACCAAAAUAACCAAAAACAUGUAAGUGUCGUUAUAGAUUGCGCAAAUGCGGUUUUGAAAUUAAGUCGGACAAAAACUGAUGUGUCACAAGUGCUUUGUUUGGCAACUAUAGCGGCUAUUAUUGUAAAAGAUUUAAAAAUGGCUAGAAUAUACGCUCAAAAAGCAGUUCAUCUUUACCCUCAUAUACCAGAAGAUUGGGCAGUAGUUCUGAUAACUUUAUCAAAAACUCCGGAGCAGUUCUUGCCCCUUAGUAGAAAUAUAAGUAGACACUUUGAAUCAGUCGAAUGUAAUAAAAAUUUACUUAACUGGUUUAAAACAUGCAGAAAUCUACUUGAAUAGUAAAUAAACUCACUCAAUUUAGUUUAUAGCAAAUCAAAUCCAAUAAGCUGCUUGUUCGGUACAUUUGGCACCACUGUAUGGUGUAGAUUAUUUAAUAGUGGCAACCAUUUUUGUGUGCUAUAUUGAUCUUAAUCUAAAAUAUUUGUCUAAUUUACAACUCACCUUUUUGGUCUAUGUAGAAAUACACUUGAAAUUUUAUAUUAAUACAAUUAAUGUUUUGCAUCGGAUUGUGCUAUUUUUUUUUAUAUAAAUUUGUGUUUUGCAAAAUUUGUCUUAAAAUGAUUGAAAUAUAGUCUGUCUAAAAGUGUAAUUUUAAUUAGGUCCA